AUGCAAAAAACAAUUGCCUCAUUCUUCAAAUCAAGUAAGAAAGGAGAUGAUUCAAAUGAUUAGAUCAAGGAACAACAAUUUAUCGAGGAAAACCUCAAGAAGGAGAAACUGAUGCCUGAAUAAAAGGUGUGUGCCUCAAAAUCCAAAUCGCAUAAUAUGGAAAUCAAGGGUGCUGUUCUUUUCAUCGAUAUGGCUGAAUUAUACGAACAAGUUGGAGAGAUAAAAGGCUAAAAUUCAAAGGAUGCCAUCAAAGAAUUAGUAGCUAAAUUGUUCAUCAGAAUCAUGAAAGAAAAUAGGGAAGAAUUUGUGCCGGCAUACUUGUUUAGCAUUUUGAAGUUGGGACCCGAUUAUGAGUCAUGGGAAUUGGGGAUUGGACAAGGAAUCAUCGUGAAAUCUAUCAGUGCUGUGUCUGGGAAGAGUGAAAAAUAAGUGAGAGAACUCAUGAACACAUUGGGAGAUUUGGGUUUGGCCAUUGAAAAAUCAAAAUCAACAUAGACAUCCUUAAAUAAAUUUUUUGUUUCUCAAAGUGUCAAGGAGGAAGUUAAAUUAACAAUGAUCUAAGUAUUCAACACUCUCCAACAAUUGCAAAAAUAAGAAGGCACAGGAAGUUCAUUGGAGAAGGAGAGAAUUCUGACUGGUCUCUUAAGGAUGGCUAAACCCAUUGAGGCCAAGUACAUCAUACGAUUCAUAGAGAAGAAUCUCAAGAUCGGAGCAGCUGAAAAGACAAUGCAAGCUGCUUUGGCUAGAGCAUUCUAAUUGUAUCAUAAGGGAAAUGUGGAGGGUGAUUACGAAAGCAUAAUAAAUUAAGCAUUGUGUGAGUGUCCGAAUUACAAGAAGAUUAUUGACACUCUAUUCAGCAUUCAAAGUUUGAAGGAGGUUCCUGAAUUAUGUCACAUAAUUCCAGGAGUGCCAUGCAAACCAAUGUUGGCUAAACCAAUGAAAUCUAUAUAGAUGAUCUUUUAGAGAUUCGAAAAUAUGAAAUUUACAUGUGAAUAUAAAUAUGAUGGGUUGAGAGGUCAGAUUCAUUUUGAAAAUGGGCAAGUGAGCAUCUUUUCAAGGAAUCUAGAAAACAUGACACAAACAUACCCAGAUAUUGUCAACUAUGUUCACACUCAUUAUUAACAUUUGGAUGGUUUUAUUAUCGAUUCUGAAAUUGUUGCCUAUGAUGUGGCAAACAAUAGAAUCUUACCAUUUCAAACUCUAACAAGUAGAGCUAAAAAGAAUGUGGAUUAGAAUCAAAUUGAAAUUCAAGUUUGUUUAUACAUAUUUGAUUUGCUGUAUUUGAAUAAGCAGAGUUAUUUGAAAGAGACUUUGGAGAAGAGAAGAUAGACUUUGAGAGAAACAUUCAAAGAGGAGGAAGGAAAGUUGAAGUUUGCAACCUCAAGAGAUUCAGAAAAUUUUGAAGAAAUUGAGGAAUUUCUAUUAAAUUCAAUCAAAAUGGGAUGCGAAGGUUUGAUGAUCAAGACUUUAGAGAUCAAUUCGUAAUAUGAACCAGCCAAGAGAUCAUUUAAUUGGUUGAAAUUAAAAAAGGAUUAUUUAGAUAAUGGAUUGUCUGAUACAUUCGAUUUAGUACCUAUUGGUGCUUGUUAUGGUACAGGAAAAAGGAAGGGAUUUUAUGGAAGUUAUUUGUUAGCUUGCUACAAUGAAGAUAUGGAUCAAUAUGAGACUACUUGUAAGAUUGGUACUGGAUUCAGCGAUGAAAAUUUAGAAAAGUUCUUUUAAUUCUUUCAAGAAUACUUGAUUCCACAUCCAUUAUCAGAAUACAAAUGUGAUGGAGUGAAUAUGGAUGUUUGGUUUAGUCCUGUGGUUGUGUGGGAGAUCAAGAGUGCUGACAUUCAGAUAUCACCUAUCUAUAGUGCUUGUUCCACUAUCUUGUAAUUAAAUAACAAAGGAGUGGGGUUGAGAUUUCCUAGAUUGAUUAAAGUGAGGGAGGACAAGAAACCUAAUGAAGCCACUAGUUCGCAAUUUUUAUAUGAUGUAUAUAAAUAAUAGGCUGUUGUUGCCAGCAAUAAUACUUUUGAGCAGGAUGAUGAUUUUUAUUGA